UGUGUCGCUGCUCGGGAGCCGGAAGUGGCUCUGAGUGUGGCUCAUACAGGGGGCUCCUGUACAUGUACAUGCCUGGCAAGCAGCGGGUCCGCUGGGGAAUACAGUACGUGCAGUGAUGGAGAGAGGGCUGUGUGUGACAUAAAGGAGACACAGGCAGAGAUCAUGUCAGUUUGUGACUGUGACACCCUGAUAACCAGGCGCCAUGACAGAGGCUGCGCAAGGUGCCCCUGCUCGGUUGUUUUCUGACAGUUAUAUCACAGAAAAUCCUCAGCAGUCUUUAGAGGAGCUGACAAAGGCAUUGGAAGAUAAAUCUGAUGAUGCAGAAUAUUACCGCCAAAGGGCUUAUGCUCACAUUCUUCUCCAAAACUAUAACGAUGCUGUUUUGGAUGCGAAGAUGUCCCUGGAGCUCCAGCCUAACAAUGCAAGCGCUUUCCUCAGGAAGGGAGAGGCUGAAUUCCACUUAAAAAACUAUUCCUCCGCUGAAGACACAUUUAAACAAGGACAAACAUUAAAUUCAUCUGAUGUAUUUUCUAUGUGGAUUCAGCAGUGUGAAGAAAAGUUAAACAGUUCCUCAAGUUGUGAAUUGUCCACAAACCAGCAGAAAACGUCAAAAUACAGGUAUGACUGGUACCAAACAGAAUCUCAAGUCAUCAUCACAGUAAUGAUCAAGAAUGUUCAGAAGGAAGAUGUCCACAUACAGUUUGCCGAGAGACAGUUAACUGUAAAUAUAAAGCUUCCAUCAGGAGAAAACUACGAUUUAUUUCUGUUCUUAUUUCACUAUAUCGUGCCAGCUCAGAGUACGUUUAAAGUACUUUCAACUAAGAUUGAGAUCAAAAUGAAGAAGACUGAAGUAAUCCGGUGGGAUAAACUAGAGGGCCAGGCAGACGAACAGUUAAAACAUUUCACACCAGAGUCCAUGCACAAAUAUCCGUCAUCCUCUCAUUAUACCAAGAACUGGGAUAAACUUGUUGUUCAGAUCAAAGAGGAGGAGAAAAAUGAGAAAUUGGAGGGAGAUGCAGCACUAAACAGUCUAUUCCAGCAGAUUUACUCAGAUGGCAGUGAUGAAGUGAAACGUGCCAUGAACAAGUCAUUUAUGGAAUCUGGGGGUACAGUCCUCAGUACAAACUGGUCAGAUGUGGGCAAAAAGAAAGUGGAUGUUAAUCCUCCAGAUGACAUGGAAUGGAAAAAAUUCUAAAUUUUCAUCCAAAGCAAUACAAUGACAUAGUAAUCUGGUGUCCAACAACUGGUUCAGUUUUUCAUCUUCUUACAUCUACAUGUUUUGAAUAUGCUUUUCACCCAGUCACAUCAAGAAUGCUUUGUGUUCACUGCUUCUUGCAGCGGAUUGUGUAUAUUUUAUCCAUUAUUCCUGUGCUAUGGGAAGGAGCCAGCCUGGGAGUAUGCACCUCGCUUCCUAAUGCGUGUUCGGUUAUUUUAUUAGUACUCAGGCUGGUGGUAAUCACUUCUGAAAGUCUGCUAUACAUCUGAGUGACCUACUGUUUGUCCUUUUAUCAACUGCAAAAUAUAAAUAUAAUUUUUGAAAUAAA